GGACAAUCGAACAGAAAGAUGCAUUUCAACUGUCAUUACCUUAUCAGCCUGCUGCUGAUGCUGCUGUGUGGUUCAUUAGUGAGCGCUUAUCCCCAGGGUGGUCCCUGCGGACCGCCACCAAGUGGCCCGCCGCCAUCUGGACCUCCGCCAUCGGGACGCCCGCCAGGCGGACCGGGCGGACCGGGCGGACGCUGUGGACCCCCGCCCUCGACAACCGCUUCAUCGGGAUGAGGAGCGUUCCGAUCUUACGCCCAGUCCCAAUCCCAGUCCACACCCGGCACGACACGUUCCAUGCGAAACUUCCUAUUGCUAAGUGUAUCCUUUCUGCGUAUUUUGUAUUUUUUUGCUCAAUCUAGAAUAUAUGUUUAUGUGUAAUCCUGCAGAA